UUAAACAAGUUAGAUUCUCAACUUUUUCAUGAACAUUUCAUGGCUUCCUCAUCUCACAAACUAUUCCUCCUUCUCUUUACAAUCCUCUUCUCACUCACUUCACCUCUCCACACAACCACUUCCACAACCACAACCUUAAAUCACAAACUCACUUCCUUAAAAUCUCUCUGCAAAACAACACCAUACCCAAACCUUUGUUUCAAUACCUUAAAACUCACCAUCUCAAUAAACAUAAACCCAAACAUCAUAACCUACCUCCUCCAAUCCCUUCAACAAGCAAUAUCCGAAACCACAAAGCUCUCUAAUCUUUUCCACAACAUCGGACACUCGACCGCCGUCAUAGAGAAACAAAGAGGAUCAAUUCAAGACUGCAAUGAGCUUCACCAAUCAACCUUAACUUCAUUAAAAACAUCAUUAACCCGAAUCCGUUCCUCCAACAAAAGAAACAUAGCUGAUGCUAGAAUCUACCUAAGUGCAGCACUUACAAACAAAAACACAUGUCUAGAAGGACUUGAUUCUGCUUCUGGUAACCUUAAAGCAGUUCUCGUGAAUUCUGUUAUCAACACAUACAAACAUGUGAGUAACUCCCUUUCUAUGCUCUCAAAUCAUGUAAACCAGGCUUCAAAUCAAAAGGGUCACAAGCAAAAAAUGGUUUCUCCAAAAUGGCUAGAUUUGGAUGAAUAUGAUCGUAAUGAAGCACUUGUUGUGGCUGCAGAUGGAAGUGGGAACUUUAGCAGUAUCAAUGAUGCUGUAAACUUUGCUCCAAAUAAUAGUAUGGUUAGGAUAGUGAUUUAUGUUAAAGAAGGGAUUUAUGAUGAAAACGUUGAAAUACCAAGUUAUAAAACUAACAUUAUCAUGCUUGGUGAUGGAAGUGAUUCUACUGUCAUCACUGGUAACAGAAGUGUUGUUGAUGGAUGGACCACUUUCAGAUCUGCAACUUUAGCUGUAUCAGGCGAUGGUUUUCUUGCAAGAUACAUAGCAUUUGAGAACAAAGCAGGUCCAGAGAAACAUCAAGCAGUUGCAUUAAGAGUAAAUGCAGACUUUACCGCCUUUUACAAAUGCGCAAUUUAUGGUUACCAAGACACGCUUUAUGUUCAUUCAUUUCGUCAAUUCUAUAGAGAAUGCGACAUCUACGGUACCAUAGAUUUCAUAUUCGGUAACGCAGCAGUAGUAUUACAAGAAUGCAACAUUGUUUCAAGAAUGCCAUUACCAAAUCAAUUCACUGUCAUAACAGCACAGUCAAGAGAUAAUCCGGACGAAGACACUGGAAUUUCGAUACAAAACUGUUCGAUUCUAGCCACGGACGAACUCUAUUUGAACUCUAGUAGAAUCAAGAGUUACCUUGGAAGGCCAUGGAGGGUUUAUUCUAGAACUGUUUUGAUUGAGUCUUAUAUUGAUGAUUUUAUUGAUGAUAAGGGUUGGACAAAAUGGUCAAAUGAACAAGGUUUGGAUAGUUUGUUUUACGGGGAGUAUGAGAAUUAUGGACCGGGUUCGAAGAUUGAUAAUCGGGUUGAAUGGUUGGGUUACCAUUUGAUGGAUUAUAAUGAUGCUUAUAAUUUUACUGUUUCUGAGUUUAUUACUGGUGAUGAAUGGCUUGAGUCUACUUCAGUUCCUUAUGAUGAUGGAAUUUGAUAUAGAAAAGAUAAUGUACCUUUGGUUUGUUACUUUUCUAUAUAGCACCAACAUCUCUCGAAAAAAAAUAUGCAUGUGUCUGUGUUGAUAUCGGACAUUCGUACAAAUACUUACUAUUACUUGUUAGGAUGAUAUUCCAGGUAUGGUGCUUCAUAGUUAUGGCUAAUAUUACAUCAACCACAUAUAUGAGAAGUUGUUAAUAGUAGCUUGUAGCAUUGAAUGAAAUGUGAUCUCAACUUGAUUGUAUAAUUCUAUGAAUUAUUGUAGUUAAAGAGGUACACCUCGUUUGUUUGGUGAGGUGGUUAGUUGGUGGCUAAUUAGGCCCCUAUCUAGUCUCCAAUAGUGUAGUAUACAUGCAUUUGACCUUUUUCUCUCAAUGAAAGAUUUAAAUACUAAUGGUUGAGAUUAUAAACUUCAACUAAACCUCAAUGAAAAUAUCAAACCUUUUUCUCUC